AUGAGUGUUAAGGACGUUUCGAGUUGGAAUUCUUUAAUUGAUGGGUACAUGAGGCGCGGGAUUUUGGAUGAAGCUUCACAUUUGUUCUCGGCUAUGCAAUCGAGGAAUGUGAUUUCUUGGACUGCAAUGAUAUCAGGAUUCAAUAUGAGUUAUUGUCGUCAUGUUUGCACAGUGCGGCACUAUGAAGUGGUUUAUCUAAUACACGAGAAUCACAAGGAAGAAGUUGAGCAAGUGAAUACGAAAGUUCAAGAAUUUUUGGAGGAGAAGAAAGGCAAGAUAUGGAGAUUCAGCGACUGGGGUAUGCGUAGACUGGCAUACAAAAUACAAAAAGCGAAGAAUGCUCACUAUAUCUUGAUGAAUUUCGAGUUGGAAGCCAAAUGGAUUAAUGAUUUCAAGAGCAUGCUUGACAAAGAUGAGAGAGUCAUUAGACACCUCGUGAUGAAGAAGGACAGAGCAGAAACAGAGGAUUGCCCCCCUCCUCCAGAGUUUGGUACUUUACGUGCUGAUAUGAAUGAUGAUGAAGAUGAUGAUGAAGAGGACGAAGAUGAAGAUUGGGAUGAUGAGGGAGAUGUAGAUAUUGUCUACGUAGAUGAUGAUGUUGACGACGAAGAAACUAGUUCCGAGAGGGGAAAACAGAAAGCAUAUAGCGGGUUGAAUUAG